AAGGCCGGUGCUGAUUGGACGGGCCGGAGAAGGCGGGGUUGGUCACAAAGGAGGCGGGACUACACUGGAAAAAACGAAGCUGACCUCGAAGGAGGGGCGUGGAGGAAAGUGGGCGGGGCCAAAUAAAAUGUUGAAGGCAUCGCUGUUACCUUGAACCUGCUCCUAAGGGCCAGAUGGAGGGGUUGGCCGUGUAUAAGUGGGGAAACUGAGGCUCCCGAAGGCUUAGGUCCGUGUGGAUGUGCCUCUCCGUGUGGAUCUUCCCCGACGACCAGUAUUUCCAUCUCCGGCACCGCGGAGUGGCCCAGCAGUCCCUGAGUCCAAACUGGGGCCACCGUCUGCGCCUGAAGAAAGAGCCCAAGGUGCGGUGGUUUGAGCAGCAGACCUUGAAGCGGCGGGUGAAGCGCUCCCUGGUGGUGCCCACAGACCCCUGGUUUACGAAGCAGUGGUACAUGAACAACGAGAUACAACCAGAUCUCAACAUCCUGAGGGUCUGGAACCAGGGACUGACCGGCCGGGGAGUGGUGGUCUCCAUUUUGGAUGAUGGCAUUGAGAAAGACCACCCGGACCUCUGGGCUAAUUAUGACCCUCUAGCCAGCUAUGACUUCAAUGACUAUGACCCAGAUCCCCAGCCUCGCUACACACCCAGCGAUGAGAACCGACACGGGACCCGCUGCGCUGGGGAGGUGUCCGCCACAGCUAACAACGGUUUCUGUGGUGCUGGUGUGGCCUUCAACGCCAGAAUUGGAGGCGUGCGCAUGUUGGAUGGAACCAUCACGGACAUCGUGGAGGCGCAGUCCCUCAGCCUGCAGCCGCAACACAUACACAUCUAUAGUGCCAGCUGGGGCCCCGAGGAUGACGGCCGCACGGUAGACGGACCGGGCAUCCUCACUCGGGAGGCCUUCAUUCGUGGUGUGACCAAGGGCCGCCAAGGGCUGGGCACACUGUUCAUCUGGGCCUCGGGAAACGGUGGCCUCCAUUACGACAACUGCAAUUGUGACGGGUACACCAACAGCAUCCACACGCUGUCAGUGGGCAGCACCACGCGCCAGGGCCAAGUGCCUUGGUACAGCGAAGCCUGCGCCUCCACGUUCACCACCACCUUCAGCAGCGGCGUGGCCACCGACCCACAGAUCGUCACCACGGACCUGCACCACCAGUGCACCGACAAGCACACGGGCACCUCGGCCUCCGCCCCGCUGGCCGCUGGCAUGAUCGCCCUGGCUCUGGAGGCCAACCCGCUCCUGACCUGGAGGGACCUACAGCACCUGGUGGUCCGCGCGUCCAGGCCGGCGCAGCUGCAGGCAGAGGACUGGAGGAUCAACGGCGUGGGGCGCCAAGUGAGCCACCACUAUGGCUACGGGCUGCUGGACGCGGGGUUGCUGGUGGACCUGGCUCGCGUGUGGCUGCCCACUCAACCGCAGAAGAAAUGUGUCAUUCGGGUGGUGCACACCCCCACCCCCAUCCUGCCUCGGAUGCUGGUGUCGAAGAACAUCUCCGCGUGCUCGGAUGGCUCGCGCCGCCACCUCCGUUCGCUGGAGCACGUGCAGGUCCAGCUGUCACUCUCCUACAGCCGUCGUGGGGACCUGGAGAUUUCCCUCACCAGCCCCAUGGGCACACACUCCACGCUUGUGGCCAUCAGACCCCUGGAUGUCAGCAGUCAGGGCUACAACAACUGGGUCUUCAUGUCCACGCACUACUGGGAUGAGGACCCGCAGGGCCUGUGGACCCUGGGCCUGGAGAACAAGGGCUACUACUUUAACACAGGAACUCUAUACUACUAUACACUGCUGCUGUACGGGACGGCCGAGGACAUGACAGCACGGCCCUACAGCCCCCAGGUGACCAGCUGCGCGUGUGUGCAGAGGGACACAGAGGGGCUGUGCCAGGAAAGUCAGCGUCCCCCCUCCAUCCUGGCCAGGCUCUGCCUCGUCUUCAGCCAGCAUUGAUGGUGGCUCUACAGGCACACAGAACAGCCAGUGACAGAGGGACAGACCAGCUGUCACCCUCCUUUGCGCCUGCUGGGGCCUCCUGACCAGCAACUACACUGCCUGUUCCCUGUCCCUCGUGCUGGGGCAAGCUCCAGGG